AUGUCUUCCCUUUUCGGUAGUGCCGCAACUUCUUCGGCGGCCGCGACCCAGACCACUGGCGACAUCUCCAAGGAUGUCCCACUUAACCAACCCCCGGAAGAUGGCAUCUCCGACAUGCGAUUCUCACCUGCUAGUGAGCAUUUGGCUGUCGCAUCAUGGGAUAAGAAAGUUCGAAUUUACGAAAUCAACGAGCAAGGUCAGAGCGAAGGCAAAGCUCUGUUCGAGCACGAAGCUCCAGUCCUGAGCUGCUGCUGGUCUCCUGAUGGAACUAAGGUCAUUGGAGCCGGAGCCGAUAAAGCUGCCCGCAUGCUCGAUCUUGGCUCAGGCCAGACUACUGCCGUCCAGGUCGCUGUUCACGAUGCUCCCAUCCGAAGUUGCCACAUGAUAACCAACCCCACUGCCGGAGGUUCACCUCUUCUCGUUACAGGCUCUUGGGACAAGACAGUCAAAUACUGGGAUUUGCGCCAAUCCACCCCAAUCGCCUCGCUAGAUUGCCAGGAGCGCGUCUAUACCAUGGAUGUCAAGAACAAGCUCCUGGUCAUCGGUACCGCUGACCGCUACAUCAACAUCGUCAACCUCGACGACCCUACCAAAUUUUACAAGACCAUUCAAUCACCUCUCAAGUGGCAGACGCGGGUAGUCAGCUGCUUCGCCGAUGCAUCCGGAUUCGCCGUUGGCAGUAUCGAGGGUCGCUGUGCUAUUCAAUACGUCGAGGAAAAGGACUCCGCCUCAAACUUCUCUUUCAAGUGCCAUCGUGAGACCCCGCCCACAAGCCGUGACAUCUGCAACAUCUACUCCGUCAACGCUAUCUCAUUCCACCCUGUCCACGGCACAUUCAGCACCGCCGGUAGUGAUGGCACCUUCCACUUCUGGGAUAAGGACGCUAAGCACCGUCUGAAGGGUUAUCCAGUUGUUGGCGGACCCAUUUCAAGCACUGCCUUUAAUCGCAACGGAAAUAUCUUUGCUUAUGCUGUCAGUUACGACUGGAGCAAGGGCUACUCAGCCAAUGCUACCACCUCCACCAAUAAGGUUAUGCUUCACCCUGUCGGACCUGAUGAGACCAAGCCCCGACCUAACACCCGAAAGCGGUGA